CUUAGUUUCCUUCCUCCGUGGGCGUGUCACUGUUCAACGUUCUUAGACAUACUUGUGUUGUUUAUUUGCUAGUACACCAUAGGUGUUCUGUGGUACACUCUACCAAGACUCUACUUAAUGUACUAGAAUAUACUAGUACACUCUACCAUGAAGCUCUAGUACUCUUUCAGCUACGUGUUUGUGCUCGCAUUUACGAGCACAGAUUGGUGUGCGCUGGUGUGCGCGUGGUGUUUGCACUAGGCUACAAACAAGUCAACAAGUCGCUCAUUGCUCCUUGUCGGCCACCAUCACCAAACAAGCAUGACUCUCGGGACAGUUCGCGAUAGUCUGAUAAAAUGCAUAUUUUUCUGCGAAUUCCAUCCAACGGCUGGGCCGAAGAUAAUGUACCAAGUUCCUGUGAACUACAUCAGCGAAGAAACGUUCAGCGCCAUCAGUGUCUACCUCAUACCAAAGCCCGAACUUCAGCACAAGUUGAUCACUGUGAACAUGUGCGAAAUGAAAGUGAUCGGUUAUCCAGUGGGGAUUGACAGUGCCGAAUACGACAGGAACAGGUUGAUGUUUAACCUCUGCUUUGUCUGCGAUGCCAAAAUGCGUACCAUCCAGUACGAGCCCAUUGUGAGAAAGCUGGCAAACUACCUCACGACUCUCGAACAAGAGACAAACUUCAUCCGCGAUGAGACCAAGAAGUGCCAGCUGCCGGAGAUCAUGUCGAAAAUCCUGCAUGACUUGAACAUCAAGCGGAGCUGCUCAAUUCCUAUAAGUACGCCUUCACUUGCCGGACGGCUCAUUUUUGACGAGUCUACCACAAUUUACCUCAAAGUGACAACAGUGCACGAAGCGCCUCGGUUGGUGUCAGACCAUGACGUACCAAUCUUUACAGCCAGUCGCCCUGCAUGCACGCCAUCUCAGUGGGACCUCACCACGCAACAAUGGGAUAUCACAGCAAUGCAGAUCCUGCCAUACAUUGAUGGCUUCAGGCAUGUGGCCAAGAUUGCAGUUGAAGCAGACGUUGAGGUUAGCCUAGUCAAAGAGUGCAUCAGAAACAUGCUGUAUUACGGUAUAGUGCAGCUGAUUCCUUUGUUCCUCUACUCUGCUGUGUAUGCAACAACACCAGAAAUCAGGACACUUGCUGCAGAUACACUUGUUCAAAAGGAGUGCAUUUCUUACGUGGCAAGACAAGGUCGACCAAGGCCAACGUUUAGGUCGAUAUUCGAGAUGUACUGCAGUUUCCACCUCAGCAACAGUGUUCGGGAUGUCUGUGCCCGGACUAAUCCACACAGCCUCGGAAUAGACGAAAGAAAGCUUGUACAGUACGGCGUCAUGAAGAGCCUUCUCCGUCGUCUGCACAAGUAUCCGAUAGACCUGAAGCGGGCAGCAGACAGCACUUCCAAGAGCAAAUCUGUUGCCAAGUACUUUGAUGGAGCACACAGCUAUGACGACAUAUGUGCGAAGACAGGCAUGAGCUACAAGGAGCUGGACGACAUACUUGACAAGGAUCCCAAUGUGUGCGUGUGCUGGAAGUAAACGCAGGGCUUCAACUGUUGUGGAAUAAAAAAAGUUUGAUGUGCAAAA